AUGGUGGACAUGGAGAGGGAGAUCUUUCAAGACAGCAAUUUUCAGGCCUUAGCCGCCUUGGACAUGAAGCUGAAGGACUUCGCCAAGACGGUUGAGAGCCAUUUGCCUGGCUACACAGAAAAGCAGCGUCUUCUCGUUGGCCUCAAGGAUUUCACUACAAAAAUCUCCGCGACGGAAGAGAAGCUCUACAUGGUGAAAGCGGUGGGAAAGGUCAAAGGCAAGAUGGAAAGCGAGGAGCACGAACUUAUCAACAACUACAACAGCUUAGAUCUGAAGGAGAAGAUUCAGAGCUUGAGCUCCAUGGCACAAGAAAUGAUCGACCAGGGCCGCAUCACUGCGGAGGAACGCCCAGGGCUGGCAGAGCUCUUUGCAGCCAAGCGAGCUGCGGCCAAAGCACAAGAGAAGCCAAAGACCGUGGAGAAAUAUGAGCAGAUGCUCCUCAGCUUGGGCAAAGCUCAAGGAAUUUCCCAUCCAGUGGCAAACUUGGAAGAAUUCUUCCCAAUCUGCCAGGAGCUCAAAAGCAUCGAACGUUUAGAACGAGCACCGGAGAGGAACCUCAGUGAAUACGAUCGCAAUAGGAUGAAAAAGAAAGCGUCGCUGCAAGAUGAUCAGCGACGCCUUGAACGGAAGAGUCGCAUGUGGUUUGAAACCUCAGAGGACUUUCACCGUCGCCUGCAGAUAGCUCUCAUUGAGCUGGAGAAGCAGAAGGCGGAACAAGCCAAGAGAGAAGCACUCGAGGCAGAAGAAAGAAAGCGUCGGCAGGAGGAAGAGGCGCUUGAGAAGAAGCGUCAGGCUCACAAAGAGGCUGAGGAGAAGAAAGCUCGAGAGUUGGAAGAAAAGUUAGAGCAGAAACGUCAAGAGGCAGCCUUAAAGCCACAGAAAGCUGCACCACAGGCAAAGAAGAAGGAGAAAGUUCACCGGACCAGGAUGAAUCCUCACGACUUUUUCCAGCCUCCUCCACGAGAAGAAUCGCCCCCGGCGCCGGAAACGGAAGAACCUGAGGCGCCCGAGGAGGGCCAAAGUACCCCACCGAGCAAUCCGACAGUCCCUGCAGCCGUAACACCAGCGCCGGAAGUGGCACCUGAAAAGCCCAAACCGGCACCUGAAAAGCCCAAACCAAAGGAGAAGGCAAAGGCACCACUGGCACCCUCCAAAUGGGGAACACCCAUCGAUGCCCAAGAGUCGUCCGUUCCAGAAGAGCUGGCUGGGCCUUCCCUGCAAGAAGCAGCAGAGCAAUCAGUUCAGGCCACCGCCCCAGCGAAGCCGGGAAGCAGCGGUGCUGCUCCUCCGAAGAAAAAGGAGAAGAAAAAGUUCACCAAGGUGGCAAUCAACCAAUUGGGUUUUGAUGCGAAUAACCCGAACUAUCGCUGA